GAGAGAGAGAGAGAGAGAGAGAGAGAGAGAGAGAGAGAGAGAGCAGCGCUCAGAAUCAACCUGAGCAGCGGCGAUGUUCUCCUCCCACGGAUCGCAGAGCGGAACAGAGUCAGUCGCGUAGCAUGAGACGCGUCCGCGGCGGCGCCCGUCGACACCACGCCGAAGUUCCCACGGGAUCCGGAGGGGAGAGCCGGAGUUUUCCGUGAAAACCUGACCCACGAGGAGCAGCAAUGUAUUUCGGUAACCCCUGCCACAGCUCGGUGCUGUCCACCUUGGUGCGUGCUGCGUUUCCGGCGACCACGCCCACCCUGGACCUCAAACCGCUCCUCCCGUUCGCCCUGGACUCCGCCCCCGCCGUCGGCUUCCUCCCCGCCUUCAGCACGGCUGUGGUGAGACUCUCAGGUACAGAGCCGGGCUCUGCUCUGCGCAGCUGGAAGGCUGGGUUAGCCAGCAGGAGGAUGUGUAUGGACCCGGUUCAGAAAGCCAUAAUGGGCCAAACCCUGGGCCUCCUCCCCGCCCCGGCCAAGAGCAAACAUCUGGUGUCCUGCACCCUGUGCCAACUGAACUUCAACUCAGAGAACCAGGCCCUGGCCCACUUCAAAGGCACCAGACACACCAGGAAGCUGCGCGUUCUGGAGGCACCAGACGCCCGCCGCAAAGCUGCUGAUGCGGUUGCCAAGGAAACCGCCAGGAAGGACCCCCCGGAGAGCAUCUCACCCAACGGCCUCCUCCCCAGCACCCACGCCACAGACUGCGAAGCUGGAGCGGUCUCGCCCCCCAGCACAGGGGCGGAGCUAUCCGACGGCAGCGGGUCAGCGCAGGUGGAGACGGCCCCUGACCCCACACCGGGGGCCAAUCCCAGCGCCCCUGGGGUAACGGAGGCGGAGGUGGGCGAGGAGACGGAGGAAGAGAAGGCCAAACGGCUGCUCUACUGCUCCCUGUGCAAGGUGGCCGUGAACUCCGCCUCCCAGCUGGAGGCACACAACAGUGGCACAAAACACAAGACGAUGCUAGAGGCUCGAAGCGGUGCGGGGGCCAUCAAGUCCUUCCCCAGGCAAGGGGUCAAAGGUCGGCUGGCUUCGCCCACCACCUCGGCCACGGGCCUUCAGAACAAAACGUUCUUCUGUGAGAUCUGUGACGUGCACGUGAACUCCGAGACACAGCUCAAACAGCACAUCAGCAGCCGGCGGCACAAAGACCGGGCGGCGGGGAAACCGGCGAAGCCCAAAUAUAGCCCCUACAGCAAGACAGCCAGGACCCCCAGCGCUCUGCCUGUGCAUCUGGCGAAGCCCCUCCCUGCGGGGCUGAUUCCGGGUCACGUGACGGCCGCUGGGGUCCCGCCCAUCUCCAUAAGCUCCGCCCCCGCGCUAGCCGCCGCCCUCUUUCAGACGCAGAACCUGCUCCGCCCCGCCCCCGGACCCCUGCGGACUGCGCACUCACCCGUACUGUUCUCCCCCUACUGAGCCGGGCCGAACCCGGGCCAGACCCGGGCCAGAUCCGGGCCAGACCCGGGCCAGAACCAAACCCUGCCAGACCUCUCGCUCCCCUGACUGGGGUGUGAGCCGGGCCAUUCUGGACUCUUUAAAGCCUCAACCCGCCCCCCCCCCCCUGUGGAAUGGUUCGAUCCAGAACUCUCGCAGAUGUCGUUGACCAGUGCCUGAUCCAAGACGACCUGUGACCCCUGUCUGGACCGCAACCCAUCAGAACGUUCCGGUGUGAUCUGGAACACGCCCCUGACACCCAGAGCUGCAAUAAUGUACCGACUGCACCAAGGAGCAGAUCAGUGCUGAACCAGAACCAGACCCAGAACCAGGGAACUGAAAGCACGAAAGAGAGGAAAGAUACAGUGUUUCUCAAAGUCAUUCCAGCUAUGAAGAGCAGGGCUUAUGGAAACACAGGCCUGUGUGUGUGUGGGGAGUGCCCAGACACAGGCUUGCCUUGCAAAGCACAGUGAUGUCAGUUGCUGUCUGUCAGUGACCAGUGCAUUUCAAAUAAAGAGUCUUAAUUUCUUAA